CACGCUGGGGGCGGGGCCAGUCGUGGCGCGAAAGUCGGCGGGAAGCGCGGGUCCAGCUCCUUCCUGCUUCUCUUUUCUUCCGCAGAUCCGCGUCUCGCCGCCCUACUCCGCUCGGCUCUGCCAUGGCGCAGCGCCGCCUCACCGACUUUUUCGCACGCCGUCGCCCCACGCCCUGCGGCUCCGUACCGCCUCGGGCCAAGCCGAUCUGGCGUACCCCGAGCCCCAGCAAAUGUGCCCCCAGCACCCCGGUCUCGGCCCCUGGGAGCAGCCGCAAGCGCGCCCGCCCGCUCGCCGAACCAGCCCGCGGCGACGCGGCACCACCAGCGCGCAGGAGGCUGCGAUUGCCCGCUGCCGAGUGUCCUUCCGACCAGAUCUCCGACCCUAGUCCCCCAGCUCCUGGCAAGAAGACAAAGAAAGCAAAAGCUGCAGGGAGUCACUCUGUGAGCCGACAGCGCCACCCUGCAGCCCAGGAGGACCCGAUCCCCUCCAAGGUCACCUUCUCAGAACUUAAGUCGUGCCUGCAGCGUGCAAAGGAGCUGGGAGCUCGGGUGCAGGAGCUGAGGGCCAGUGCAGAGGAUGUGGGGGAGUCUAGUAUGCCCAAAGUCGAGGAGAACCCUACAGAGCCAUGUGGAGAGAAGGCUCUGCCAGCCUAUCAGCGCUUCCAUGCCCUGGCUCAGCCAGGACCCCCAGGCCUUGUGCUACCUUACAAGUACCAGGUUCUGGCUGAGAUGUUCCGCAGCAUGGACACCAUCGUGGGCAUGCUCUACAACCGCUCAGAGACUGCCACCUUCACCAAGAUUAAGCAGGGUGUCCAGGACAUGAUGCGCAAGCGCUUCGAGGAACACAAUGUGGGCCAGAUCAAAACUGUGUAUCCUACUUGUUACCGUUUCCGCCAGGAGCGCAAUAUUCCCACCUUCAAGGAUAGUGUCAAGAGAUCUGAUUACCAGCUUACUGUUGAACCACUGCUAGAUCAGGAGGCUGGCGGUACAGUGGCUCCCCAGCUCACAGCCUCACGCCUCCUGCAACGGCGGCAGGUCUUCAGCCACAAUCUGGUGGAGCGAGUCCGGGAAUACCACAGGACCUUCCUGGCCUCUCUGAACCCCCCUAUGGUGGUACCUGAGGACCAGUUAACACGCUGGCACCCCCGUUUUAACGUGGAUGAAGUGCCCGACAUCGAACCAGCAGAACUCCCCCAGCCACCCAUCACAGAGAAGCUGGCCACUGCCCAGGAGGUGCUGGCCCGUGCCCGCAGCAUUAUGUCACCCAAGAUGGAGAAGGCCCUGAAUGACCUGGCCCUACGCACAGCCCAGCCCAGCAGCCCUGGGUCCCCUAGCCCAGCACAGCCAGUCACCCCACCAGCCACCUUGUCCUCUGCCCUAAAAGGGGUGUCACAGUCCCUAUUGGAGCGGAUCCGAGCCAAGGAGGCACAGAAGCAGCUGGCACAGAUGACACGGCGCCCAGAGCAGGAGCAGCGGCUGCAGCGGCUGCAGCGACUGCCUGAGCUGGCCCGUGUGCUGCGGAACAUCUUUGUGUCAGAGCGCAAGCCAGCACUCCCUAUGGAGGUGGCCUGUGCCAGGAUGGUGGGCAGCUAUUGCACAGCUAUGAGCCAUGGAGAGAUGGAGAAGCAUGUGAAGCUUCUUUCAGAAUUGCUGCCAGAUUGGGUCAGCCUCCAUCACAUCCGCACGGACACAUACGUCAAACUGGACAAGGCUGCCGAGCUGGCGGGCAUCACUGAACAGCUGGCCCGCCUCACCCAGGCUGAGGAGUCUCUGUGAGCCUGGCUUGCUUUUACCCCUCUUCAAACACAAUGCACUUUGCCCCACAAGAGUCAGAGACUGGAACCAACUCUGGCUAUAGCUUGAAGGGGCUUACCAGUGUAGGUGGCUUAACCCUCAAGCAGUGUUAUUAAACUGAUUUGUCAAUCGGA